AUGCCGAUCGAAAUGCCUCAAGGCUUACCAUUCUCCGUAGACACAUGGACUCCAUCCUCCAAAAGCAGCAAGCGACACCAUUUCCUGACACACGCUCACAAAGACCAUUCCUCCAACAUCACUUCUCAUUCCUCUUUCCCUAUUUACUCCACUCUUCUCACCAAAACCCUACUUCUCCAACAUUACCCUCUCCUUCAUGAUUCCCUGUUUUACCUAAUCGAAGUAGGUCAAUCAUUGAUCAUACAUGAUCCCGAUGGAGACUUCUCCGUCACUGCUUUUGAUGCCAAUCACUGUCCUGGUGCGGUGAUGUUCUUGUUUGAAGGCCAAUUUGGGAGGAAAGGAAAAAAGCCAGCAUGUUCUCUUGAUUGUGUUUUCUUAGACUCUACUUUUGCCAAUUUCUCUCGUCCCAUGCCUACCAAACGAUCCUCUAUUCAACAGGUUGUUAAUUGUAUAUGGAAGCAUCCUGAUGCGUCAACAGUCUAUCUUACCUGUGAUGUCCUCGGACAGGAAGACAUCCUUGUUCAAGUGUCCCAGACAUUUGGAGCGAAGAUAUAUGUUGAUAAAGCCCAAAAUCCAGAAUGUUUCAAGAAUUUAAUGGUUACCGCGCCUGAAAUCAUUUGUGAAGACCCGUCUUCCCGCUUCCAUUUAUUUGAUGGAUCUCCAGGACUAUAUGAAAGAGCACAAGCAAAACUGGUUGAGGCCAAGGCAACUCUCCAGACUGUGCCUCUCAUUGUGCGCCCUUCUGCUCAGUGGUAUGCUUGUGAAGAACUCUCGGAUGUUCAAAAUACUAGAAAAAAGAGGAUGAAUGAAGCAGUUAAGGAUCAGUUUGGUGUUUGGCAUGUCUGUUACUCAAUGCACUCUUCCAAGGAAGAAUUGGAAGAGGCGCUUCAACUUCUUGCUCCAAGGUGGGUUGUUUCAACAACCCCUCCCUGCAGGGCCAUGGAGCUCAAUUAUGUUAAGAAAUACUGUUUUAAUUCUGAAGUCCGUCUAAAUAACUCUGUGCUGAAGCUUCUGGAUAUGACUGUGGAAACUUCUGGCGAUGUUGAUGCCUAUUUCAAACCUGUAAACUGUCAUCCUGUGCUUGAAGGGAACCCUCAGCCUUGUGCAAAAACUAAAUCACCUAUCAAGCAGUGCACUGAUGUGAAAGCAAUGGAAGAGUUGACUCUUAAUCGCUCGCCUGUCACGUUAUUUGGAAGAGCAAGGCUUGGUAUCCAAGAUGUCGACUGUUUACGAGUACGGUGCAAUAUUUUACCAGUUAAUGCCCCUUUGCAAACAGAUUCAAGUGAUGCAAAACAAGAAUGUUUAGAUGAUGUUGCUGAAGUGAAAUGGGAGAGGUCACCAGAAAGAAAGGAAGAUUUACAUAAUGUGAAUAAGAAUCCACAAUCUGAGGUUCAAGAAAACACUAGAGUUCACGAGUCUUACAAAAAUAUUGGAUCCCCAGGCUUGAGUGAACAUAUCAAAAAGUAUUACAGGCCAAUGAAUAUUCCUACGCUUCUUCCCUCGUUAGUGGAUCUUAGGAAUUCCAUGAAACGUGCCAAGAGGAGAAUUGAUCGCUUUUCAGCGGUUAACUUUGAUCGGAAAAUGCCCAAGGAUUGA